AUGUCCCUCGUGGUCCAAUUCCUCACUCAGAUAAACCAGCAGGUCCGCAACCAACAGGGCGACGCACUAUGCUCCUGGUUGCAGGUCUCCCCCGAGUCCGGGGCGCAGUACCACCAGCUAGCCAGUGAGCUACGGACUCAGACGCAGUACGCCUCCGGCUCCCCUGGAGGUCUGGAUGACGUGGUAGACAGGAAUCUUCCCGAGAGUGAUGACGACGACGUCGUCUCCCCCUGGUCCGGGUUCCGUUCAUUCAUCAAGGAUUACAUGGCGUUUUGGAGGGAUGUCGACUACGAUGACUUGGUGGCUGCUCACGACCUGUUGAAUACCUUGGUCAAUUCAUGCGCUACUGCCCUAUCCCACCCCCAGGGGGGAAUGAUGCUCAAGACGAGCAUGUCCCUUUCCGAGACUCUGGCAGGGCUCACGAUGACGCUGAGCCGACGACCAGACCUCCUCCGUCGCGCCGAGAGGGCCGCCGCCCCGGGCGACGACAGCCAAAAGUCCCUGGCCGAGAAGUCCGCCGAGACGAUCCAGCGCAUCUUCAAGACCUGUCUCCAGGAUCGGACGACGGACCGGUACACGACACCCGGUGGGACCAAGGUGGCCGUCUACAAGUUUGCCAAUCUCGUCCUCAAACUAUUAUUCGCCUGCCGUCGCAUCCAACUGGCAACGAUGCUCCUGACGCAGAUCGAAUCCCAAGCACCCCUCCUGUCUCUGUAUCCCGCCUCCCAGCGCGUGACGUACCUCUACUACCUGGGACGGUACUGGCUGAGCAACAACCACUUCGUCCGUGCCUCCCGGUGCCUGUCGGCCGCCUACGCCCAGACCCCCGCCCGCUUCGUCUCCCACCGCACCAGGAUGCUCACCUACCUGAUCCCGUGCAACAUGCUCCUCGGCCGCUUCCCGUCCGACCGGCACCUCCUGAGCGCCCGACCCGAGGCCGCCACGCUGGGUCCCGUCUUCGGCCCGCUGUGCUCCGCCCUGAGGACCGGCGACUUCGCGUCGUACCAGCGCCUCCUCGCCGAGCGCGAGUCCUGGCUGCUGCGGAGGGGUCUCCUCCUCCCCCUGACCUACAAGCUGCGGCCCCUGCUGUGGCGCAGCCUGGCCCGUCGCGUCUUCCUCCUCACCUACGAGCCGCCCCUGGACCCGUCGUCCCGCAAGGCCGCCACCCUCGACAUCACCCACCUGCAGGCCGCGGCCGAGUACCUCCAGCGUCGCAUGGCCGAGACCGCCGCCGGAAAGCUUCGCCCGAACGAGGGCAUGGUCUGGGGCAAUCAGUCCGUCUCCUUUGACCACGUCGAGAUGGUCGUCACAGAACUCGUCCAGCAGGGCCUCAUGCAUGGCUUCGUCGCCCACAACCAGCGUCGCUUCGCCAUCAUAGGCGCCAAGGCUAAAGGGCCCGUCAUCGCCGGCUGGCCACCCGUUUGGCAGGCCGUUCAGGAGAGACGCUAUGACGACGACUUUGACCCCAGUGAUAUCCCUGGUUGGGUCGGGGCUCCAUAG